CGCGACAGGGCGAGACAUUCACAUCGUCAACGCGGACGUUCUAUUCAAAAACUCAAACUCCACUCCGCGCGAAAGGCAGCAGACGUCGAAGGCGGCGAUGGAGACGCGGCCGCGCUCGCAGAUGGCGUCGUAUCUAGAGCGUUGGGAGGACCAGAAGACACAGAGUCGUCUUCGGCGCCUGAAGGAGCAGCGACGCCGCAGCAGCGACGUGGGCGACGAGCUCAGCUUCAUCUCGGCCAUCGAGCGCGAGAACGCGCAGCAGGAACGCUAUGACGCCCAGUCGGGCGAUCAGAACCAACAGUAUGAGCACCAUGCCGACGACAGCUUUGGUCUUCCAGUCAUGGACGCGUUUCCACCUUCAGAGUUCGCGCAACAGACACAAGAGCAGCAGAAAAUACCCACGGACGAUGAGUUCAUGGACGCUGGUGGGUUGAUGACUCUCUUAGGUGGUUUAUUUGUAAAACUACAGUCUGACGUUAUUUCUGCGUGUCUGAUUGCUGAUUUAAACGGCUGGAGUAGCCACGUUUCUAAAGAAAAACGAGUUGGGUGGGGAUGACAGUUUUUCUGAAGAUGUUGGGGCUCUGGCAGAGUCCCAUUACUCCAGCGGCAGGCCCAGUGACUUCUUCGAGAGUAAGUCGCGCAAUCUCGACCAUGUGGAGCUUUCGUCGCCCAGGAACGUCGACGAUCCUUUGUUUGAAGCUGAUGACGCAGAAGCUGAAGAGUCUGGAAUGCGCACUACGAAGCAGCAGCUAUCGCCGACCGAUCCGACACAGGGCGCAGCGCUUCACGAUCGCUUUGGUCGCAACUCUGGUCUCUCAGGAUCAGGCUCAGCUUUUUCGUCAGGUUAUGACGUCCACUUUGACAGUGCGAAACUCAUGUACACGCCCAACUCGUUAAAGUACCUACAGGAGAAAGAUCGUUUAAGGAACACUGGAGAAUGUCGCAUCAACAAUGAGUCCAACCAUAGCUUCGCAGAUUAUGCUGGUGAGGCUGAAACACUGACGAGAAGGCUUCCAUCGCUUCCCGAUCAGGAAAUUUCAGAGGAUCCAUCACCUGAGUAUGUGGCAGCAUUGCGAGCAGGGCCUAGCGUUAUCAAAGAGUCGCUGCGUGAGAUUGAUGCGCUCAUUGAUAACUCGAUCCGACUAGCGUCAGCACCUCCCAUAAAGGACCCACUAGGCGUCGAGCUGCCCGAUGAUGUACGUGAGUUUGUUCGUGACUACGAGCGCCCGCUGGAAUCGAUGCUGCCACUUUCAAGAACUACGGAUAGUUGGGGAGAAGAUAUCUCCGUUACGCAGCUUGACGAUGAUGCCAGUCGCCAAAGUCGAGAUCCGGAACGGCUUUCAGGUGGUACCGAGCCCAGGACCAGUGUGAGAAGAAGUAGAUCACAAGAGACGCCGGAAUUGGACACUAUUCGUGAAGUUCCAUUGCCGUCCAAUACUGAUUCUGUGUCUCGAAGCCAGCAAUCAGUCGACUCUCGCAAGCGAUCUCCAACCCGGCCCAGCACGCAAACGCAACAUCAUCUCGAGUCUAAAAGUGAUACUGUUCAAGAACGACGCGGGGACAAUGCGCCAAAUUUCUUUUCUGGGGCAAACCAUUUGCCAAGUAAGCGGUUCAGCGGUGUGGAUUCCAAAAGAUCAGAAGGUUUAAAAUCCAGGUCUACGUCCGCUACUCUUGAUCAAUCGCUGGCUAAGGUGGCUGCUACCCAGAACCCAUUUCGCGAUGAAAUGUGCCGCUCGAAGGCCAGUAGUCUUGGAAGUGACGAAGAGCUAGAAGAUGGCAUCAAUAACUCUUCUGUGGAAAACGAUGACUACGAAAGACAUCACUACAGCAGAAUACCAGAAAGCGGUGCCACAGCACGAAACGAAUUAGAUUCGGAAUCCGAUAUUGAUCCGAAUAGCGUACGCUUUCGUUACGGAGAAAGCCUCCAGUGUUCGCGAAAUUUGUUACGGCAAAAACCUGUCCGUGGUCAGCGUCGUGCUAUAACUGAUUUCGAGUCGAGAACACCAGCCCUGCCGAAAUAUCCAGAAGCAUCUGAGAGACCUAUUGCUAUGCUCGAUCGAAACAAGCUUUAUGUGACAAUGGAGACAACUAUGACUCCACGCCGGUGUCGAAGGUUUCUUUGCUCCGUUGGCGACAUUAUGACGGAGCAAAUCGUUUUCACGAAUGGAACCAACGCGGUUGGAAGGAUUUGUGUCUCCCUUCUUCCACUUAGCACUGGGUGCCACCAGUUUAGCGUGUCUCCAGCGGUGCUGGAGAUUGGGCCCAAGGCUUCGAGUGCGUUCCAUGUAACCUUCAACGCACGCUACGCUGGAGCAGUAGCCGGGAUCUUCCAGUUUAGAGGAGUCGGUAUUGAUUCAUUGUUCCACCCAUUCGAAGUUGUCAUUGAAGCAAGCGUGAAGCGGCAUUUGGAGUUGAAGGUUCAUGGAAAUACACAGCAGCGCGACGGAUUUGAUACUCCUAUCAAACGUGUCGACGAGCUUCAAGCUAGCAGAUCUGUUGACCAAGUGGAAGUUAGCCCCACGUUUAUCCAUUUCGACCGUGUCCGCAGUAAAAGUGCUGAAAAGAUGGUCACGAAGGCCAAGGUGCGUUUGUCAAACAACACAGUUCAGUCAUUGCCAUUCAAAGUUCGUGCCCCUGAGAAUCUACGGGUGCGCCCAGCUACAGGGAUGAUUCAGCCAGCAUCUGAAGUCGUUGUAUCAGUGGUACCGAUAUCUCAACCCUUUGUUCAGGCUGAAGAUCUUCAGCAACGUGGGGGUCGUACAAGCAGCUUGAAUCCGUCUCCUAGAGCUGAAAACUGGUUCGGGUCGCUGGCAAUUCGAGUCGGCAAGUCUUAUUUGCGAGAAGUGAGUAUUGUGGUGGAUCGAAGAGUGAUCCAGAUAUUGCCACCGUUUGAUGAAAUCGCACGAUCUCGGCAUCAACUUUCUUCACAGACAGAUUCAUUUUACUACACCAAGCGCGGGAAGCGGAGAGGGCUGUACUUCCACGCCAGGGCUGUUGAAUUUGGAAGCUGCCGUGUCGGCAAGUCGCACGAAGCACCUGUGUAUGUAUGCAAUGGCUCGAACGAACCAAUGACAGUCUUCUUGCAAGAUCUGCAGGAACCCUACUCGUGUGCCUACUCCACGACUACCAUAGAGCCUCGGAAGUUUAUUCCUGUAACAGUGACGUUCACCCCUAAGGUGGUAGGCAAAGUUGCUACGUCGCUCUUCGCCUACUCCGUUACGGACAAGGCAGUUGUUACGCUCGUCGCUCGAGGAACUCAAUGAACAGCAAUUUUCAGCGUCUCCUUCAGUCUAUUGUAUUCAAUUGGCUUCAUGCAUGAGAGCGGCUUUGAUUAGCCCCUACGGACGUGUCAUCGUCGUCUUACAUUUUUCCGUGCUCAGCCAGGAAUCCCUCAACAUCGGUGAGUACUUCAUCGUAUACCGCAACAUCUGCAGGGUACACGCGAAUCCAACCAGCUCCAGAGUCCUGGGACAUUUUCUCGACACGAUUCCAAUGGAGAUGGUGCUGUAGGUUGAUCGAGAGCUCUUGAGCUCCUGCAGCUACCUGCCACGACGAGAAGCCCGCACGCUGAAUGCACGAUGCAAAGUGCUGUGUCAGCACCCCCUCCGUGUCUCGACUUGAAGGCACUUCAACCACCAAAUGCAUGAAGAAAUACCAGCUGCCUCGAAUUGCAUGUCGGAUGUCCAGCUUAAUGCACUCCAUUUGGAGCAUUAGAAUGAGUCUUUCGUAGCGUGGGUCUUCUUGGUCUCGCUCUUGAACAGGCCAACGAACUUGCACUUCUAACGUCGCACCCUUCCCCAUUCGUGAUGCCAGUACUUUCGUUCGCUGGUGUGAUGAUGGGUAAAAGGCUUCGGUUCCAACCUCCAUCGCCGCGGCAGCUUUCAAUGACACGGGGAAGAAUGCAUCACUCCGCUUUGUACCUAGCGAGAUAAGUUGUUCAAGGGAAGCCACGGUGGGGUUUAAGACUGGCGGGGCUGACAAUAAAUCAUCCUCAUUCUUAGCCAAAGUUGGUGUAAUUCCAAUCUCAAACGGGUCAAUCCUCGAGAGAACCAAGCGACGAAGGUUUGACGUGAUGAUUUCGAGUACAGCAACGCAUAGUCCAUCUGGUGAAAACUUCGAGUGAUCCAAGUGUCCCCCGUUCGCUAGUUCCAGCGAUGAAUUAACACUGCAGUGGCCCUUUUGCAGUUCAGCAUCGGCACGAAAAUGCACAAAUGACGAAGCUAAGGCAUCGUACACGUCAUGAUUACCGUGUUUCCCGUUCAAUGCAGCAUCGCUGCCUUUUCCUUCGCUCUUAACCUGCUCCUGGACACCAGGCAGCCAUCGCGACAGUAUGCUAACAAGCAGUCGGUGCGAAAUAGAAAAAAAAUCGGGACAGAUCUCCAUCGAGAAAGGUUCUUCCAACUGCAUGAGCUCGAGCUCCUUUUUACCGGUCAAUUCUUCAGCUUUCUGCAUUCGUUUCAUUUGCCACGCCGACAACUCGCUUAACAUGUGCAAUAUAACCAGCCCCAACUACAGAUACCGAGAUAUUAUUCGUUAGGACGUGCUGCUACUAACAAGUUGCUGUUUGGAUACACCACGCACCUGUGAUCUGCGCUUCACAGAGCUCAAAAAAUUUUGUCGACCGACGAGAAGCGUCACCAGAGAAGCUGAUGAGCUACCACUGAUAGUGUCCUGUAUAACAAAGUAUCUUAGCAUGUUGGUAUCUGGACAGUCUCGAAAGUUAUACUUCCCCCACCUUUUCUGACGUCACAUCCUCUUCUUCUUGCAUCACAAACACUUGCUCUAUAAUACGCUGAUCUAGAACACGACCAUAUGCGCGGUCUCCAAUCAUAACACGCUGAAUCGCCGUUGCCAAUUCUUUCAUAAAUACUUGCGCGGAUUGUUUCUCGCCUUCGGAAAGCAGAUCCAAGCGAUCCCAAUCCUGCUUAUCGAAGU